UUAAGUGCAUUGGAGAGAAACACAUUCGUAUUAAUUAAAGGAAUAUUCCACAUUAUAUCGCAAAUGCAGCUAUCUGUGAUUGUUCUGUUUUUUGCCUUAAUAUUGGAAUUCGUAGAAUUUAAUGAAACUUAUAAAAUUAUAAGACCAUAUAAAUUUUAUAAUCGCCAUUCAUGGCAUCCACCAUCCGUUUGGCGUCCAUUUCCAAAACCCCGAAGACACUACCAUUCCAAAACAAUACGACCGCCUAAAUAUCAUUCUCAUGAACCAGAUUACCAUAAAUAUGUACCGCAUUCUGAGGAUUCAGUAGAUACAUUUAACAAUGACAAACCUUAUGUCAUAAUCAUACAAUUUCCGCAAAAAAAGGAAAAGAAGGAACAUCAGUCUCAUCAGCGUCAACAUAUUAUAGAUUCUCCACGAGAUACUGAUUAUAUUGAGGACGAUGAUGAUGACGAUGAUGAAUUGAAACUAUAUGAGAUUGAUGAUAAAGGAGUACAAGUAAAAAUAAAUCACUGA